AUGAAUAGCGUGUCUCAGGUGGAACGACUCCUCUAUUUGCGUUUAGCGAUCCCGUUUACAGUUUUAUGUUGCGCGGAACACCAGUGCAAGCGACCUGUUACUGCCUUUUUGCCAUCUGUUUCGAAUCCCUGCGAGCUGUGGGACACCGUUGAUUAUAAAGGCCUUCCUGCUCAUAAAUCCACCUCCGGUGGCUGGAGAUCUGCGUCUUUCAUAAUAGGAGUGGAGGUUGCAGAGAGGUUUGCCCACUUUGGGAUAUCAUCGAACCUUAUUACAUAUUUGACAGGGCCGCUUGGUCAGUCGACGGCUACUGCGGCGGAGAACGUUAACGCCUGGUCGGGAACGGCGUCGUUGCUUCCUUUGUUAGGUGCAUUUGUUGCCGAUUCUUUCCUUGGGAGAUAUCGCACUAUUGUUGUUGCUUCUCUUAUCUACCUCUUGGGACUUGGCUUGAUGACUAUAUCCGCUAUGUUUCCUUCACACAGUGCUUCUGGUUGCCCAAGCUCCAGUACUAUCACAUCUUGCUCUCCUCAUCUAUUUGAAGUAGUUUUGUUCUUCUUUGCCCUCUAUUUGGCAGCACUUGGGCAAGGUGGGCAUAAACCUUGUGUUCAGGCUUUUGGGGCAGAUCAGUUUGAUGGAAAAGACCCUGAGGAGUGCAAAGCCAAAAGCUCAUUCUUUAACUGGUGGUAUUUCUGUAUGAAUUUCGGCAUUUUAGUAACUGUACUAACCUUAAACUACAUCCAGGACAACCUUGGUUGGGCUCUUGGAUUUGGAAUCCCAUGUAUUACGAUGGUGAUUGCACUAUUAAUCUUCUUACUUGGAACUACGACAUAUCGCUAUAGUGUCAAAGCAGAAGAGAAUAGUGCAGUUUUAAGAAUUGGUAGGGUAUUUCUUGCAACAAUUAGGAAUUGGCGAACUUACCCUUCUGCAAUAACUUUAGAGGAAGAAGCUCGUGGAAUGCUACCUCAUCAUGGUUCUGAGCAAUUCAGGUUCCUCAACAAAACCCUGCUUGCACCAAAUGGCUUAAAGGGGGAUGAGAAGGUGUGUAGCCUUAGUGAAGUUGAAGAAGCUAAGGCUGUACUCAAGCUUAUUCCAAUAUGGGCUACAUGUUUGGUAUAUGCUGUUGUGUUUGCACAGUCCACAACUUUCUUCACCAAGCAAGGACUGACUAUGGAUAGGUCAAUUUCAAAGGGUUUAGACAUACCACCAGCUACGCUUCAAUGCUUUAGCAGCUUUGCGGUCAUUUUAUUCAUCCCAAUUUAUGACCGUGUGUUUGUUCCCAUAGCAAGGGCUUUAACCGGGAAACCUUCUGGCAUUACAAUGCUUCAGAGGAUUGGAACUGGGAUGUUUUUAUCUGCUCUGACAACAGCCAUAGCUGCUCUAGUUGAAAUGAAGAGGCUUGAAGUUGCUCGAGAACAUGGACUAGUUGAUUUGCCAGACGUGACACUUCCAAUGAGCGCUCGGUGGUUAAUUCCUCAAUAUGCCUUGUUCGGAGUUGCUGAUGUAUUUACCAUGAUUGGUCUGCAAGAAUUCUUCUAUGAUCAGGUCCCUAGGGAAUUACGAAGUGUGGGUCUUUCUCUCUACCUCAGCAUCUUCGGUGUAGGGAGCUUUCUUAGCAGCUUUCUUAUCUCUGCCAUUGAAAAAAUUACAAGUGGGCAAGGGCAUGAUAGUUGGUUCGCCAACAAUUUGAAUCGGGGUCAUCUUGAUUACUUUUAUUGGCUACUAGCUGGAUUAAGCAUGGUACAAUUUGUUGCUUACUUGUACUUGGCAAAAAACUACAUAUAUAAUAGGUGAGGCCCAUUGUAAAUGCAGUGUUGCCUUGCUAUUAUUGCAAGGACUUGCUAAGUGUAUACAAAUUAGCGUAAAAAAAUGCAUAAAUGGAGAUAAUUGGAUAAAUAUUAAGCACC